ACCACCACCACCACCACCACUAAUACCAGCGCCACUACUAAUACAAGCAAUACUAUCACCGCUACUUUAGCUAUUGCUAUCGCCAUCGCAACCACCACCACCACCACCACUACCAUUACUAUCACUGUUGCCCAUAACCAUCGCCGCUGCCACCGCCAUCGUCACCACUGCUGCUACCAUUCUCGCCAACUACAUCAUCGCCAAUACCAUGGACGAUCAACAAAGACUGAUGCAUCCCCAGCAAGCUGGAGGAGGUCCCGUGAGUAUGUCGGCGGGGAUGCCGCCGCAACACGGCUACAUGCCGCCAGGGGCCGGAGGAGGUGGUGGCGGUGGAGGCGGUGGUGGUGGAGGCCCCGAUGACCAUCAGGAACAACGAAAACAGGAAAUCAGCGAUAUUUUACAACAAAUUAUGACCAUAACCGACCAAAGUCUGGAUGAAGCUCAGGCAAGGAAACACACGCUAAACUGUCAUCGUAUGAAACCUGCUUUAUUCAGUGUUUUAUGCGAAAUCAAGGAAAAAACAGUUUUAAGUAUCCGUGGUACACAAGAAGAAGAACCUGCAGACCCUCAAUUAAUGAGACUGGAUAACAUGUUGAUUGCUGAAGGUGUUGCAGGGCCUGAGAAAGGAGGUGGCUCAUCGGCUGCAGCUAAUGCAACAGCGGCUGCAUCCAGUGGUCCAGGCCAACCCGACAGUGCGAUUGAACAUUCAGAUUACAGGGCCAAGCUUGCACAAAUACGACAGAUAUAUCAUACAGAACUUGAAAAAUAUGAACAGGCGUGUAAUGAAUUUACCAGUCAUGUAAUAAAUUUACUACGGGAGCAAAGUCGCACUCGUCCAAUUGCUCCGAAAGAAAUAGAACGGAUGGUUAGCAUAAUUCGGAAAAAAUUUGCUGCAAUUGAGAUGCAGUUAAAACAAAGCACAUGUGAAGCAGUUAUGAUAUUACGAUCCAGAUUUUUAGAUGCCAGACGGAAAAGAAGAAACUUCAGUAAACAAGCCACAGAAAUUCUUAACGAAUAUUUUUAUUCUCACUUGAGCAAUCCAUAUCCUAGUGAAGAAGCAAAAGAAGAACUUGCCAGAAAGUGUGGUAUUACAGUAUCACAGGUAUCGAACUGGUUUGGAAAUAAACGAAUUCGGUAUAAAAAAAAUAUUGGUAAAGCGCAGGAAGAAGCAAAUUUAUAUGCAGCUAAAACAGCAGCAGCUGCAGCAGCACAGCAAGCAGUAUCAGGUCACGAUGGCGGUGCAGCACAAGGGGUUUCAGGUUAUAAUAUGGUGGCAUCUUCGCAAGCACAACUAGGAGGUCAACAACAGAGCAUCUAUAUGAAUUUAAACGGUGAUAGUUACCAGGGCAACGAGACAUCGGUUGGGGCUAAUGUCCAGUCUCAGGUUAAUGCUUUGCGACACGUGAUAUCACAGACCGGUGGCUACAACGCAGACGCUGUCCUACCGAAUUCAGCUACUGGUGGCAUGUACGAUUCCCUGCAUAUACAACAGGUACCUCCCCAAUCCCUUGGAGGUGGCCGAACCAGCCAAUCUGGCUCUCCUCUGGACACAGAUGGUCACACUAGAAAACACGGAGAAAGCCCUGAUGGAUGGGCUGGACCAGGGCAUCAUCCUUCCAUUGCAUUCAUGCGUCAACUUGACGAAGAAGACGAGGACGACAGUGAUGGCUACGACACUCCUACUGACGAAGCUCCGAUGAAACGAGCUAAAAUAUAAAAUUGAUGUGUGUGUGUGUGAGUGUGGGUAUGUGUGCAUGUGCGUUUGUAUGUAUGUGUAUGUAUAUAUAUAUAUAUAUAUAUAUAAUAAAUACAUAUUUAUAUAUACAUACAUUAACUCUUAGGGAAAAAGGGGAGGGGUAUUGGUAAUUAUUAAGAAACAUUUCUUAAAUGGAAAAAGAAAGAAAAAAAAAAGAGUAAAAAAAAUUAAAUAAAACAGAACUGGACAAAAAAAUAAAAGAAAAAAAGAAUAUUGACUUGCAGAAUGUCAUUCCCAUUUUAUUCUUCCCUCAAAUUCUUGUUGAACUCCUUUACAGUAGCAAGAUCUUCAUUGUUAGACAACACAUCCACAAGUCUUUUACUGAUUUCCAUUCUCCUCACCAACAGAUGUAUACAUAACAUAUAUUAUGUACUGUGUGUGUGUGUGUAUUUCCUACAUAUAUUUAUGCGUACAUAUAUGUAGUAAUAUAAUAUGUGCAUAUAGGUAUAUUAUAUAUGCAUGUGUAUGUGCAUAUAUAUAUAUGUAUGUAUGUAUAUAUAUAUAUAUACAUACAUUCAUACAUAUGUAUUUUAUAUUUAUGUAUUUGUGUGUUCAUAUAUAUAUAUAUAUAUAUAUAUAUAUAUAUAUAUAUAUAUAUAUGCAUUUACAGACACGUGUGUGUCUGUCUAUAUAUAUACAUACCCACACAUAUAUAUACCUAUGGACAUAUACACGUUUUAUAUAUUCAUAAAGGUACAUGUACAUAUUAUAUAUAUGCAAAAAUGUUAUGUAUACACACUUGCACAUACAUACAUACAUACACACAUAAACAUAUGCAUACAUAUAUAUAUAUAUAUAUAUAUAUUCAUACACAAAUACUCGUAUAUUAAAUAUAUAAAUAUAUAUUUACUUAGUAUAUGUGCAUACAUAUAUACAUAGAUAUGCAUAGUGUAUGUGUAUGUAUGUAUAUAUAUACACGCACACACACACACUAUUUCUCACACACACACACACAUAUAUAUCCACAUCUUUGCAUGUGAGUGAGUGCAAAAUUCCAUUACCAACAUUUUCAUUAAACUAUUAUCAUGAUCAUCAUUCCCUCAAUUUCACAGUCUCCCGUGCUACCAGUCUACCAAUAAACCAAUUAAGACAUUGCUCAUACUAAUUUAUCACUGAAUCACUUAACAUUCUUUUAACCUCCUCACAUUUCAGAAGAAAACCCUCCACUCAUUCUCAAAGCAACCCAAACUAACUACAUAUUGCCCCAACAACAAUAAAUAUAUUCUACAAGGAGUUGUCAUUUAAGAUAUGCAUCUGCCAACCAUAGAACACUUUCUGCAACCUUUAAAAUAUAUGAUUAAAGAGACAAAACUGCCCCUUGGAAGACGAGGAGGCAACUAUUUUUGGAACUUUACUGCACAGUUUAAAACUACUGGAGUACAUUACAAAAAAAAAUGACUAUAUGCAUUUAGUCUUGUGGUGCUGUUUAAAUGAGGAGUAUUUAAAUUGUACUUUGAAUGUGGGCAGGACUGAACAUUACAAGGGUUUCCGCACUUGCAUGUGUGUGUAUGUGUAUAUACAUAUGUGUGUGUAUAUGUACAUACAUAUACAUAUAUAUAUACAUGCAUACACACACACACAUGGUCUUUUUUUUUUGUAAGAAUAGUACCAACUAAAAAUCGAAUACAAAACUAAUAUCUUUUA